UCCGACUCUUUUCAUAUCACUUUCCUUUUCUCCGCCCGCCCUUGUUUCUUCCUCCCUCCUCUCGACGCUUUCUCUCUCAACAUUGCUCAAUUUGUGCAAUGGCGGAAACUGCAGCUCUAUGCCUCUCUCCGUUCUCUUCGUUUUCUUCCAUUUCUCGCUCCAGGGACGCCUCCUCUCCCCUUUCUUCACAUUCUUUCAGUAAAUUCUCAAUUACCCGUCAUCCGCCGCCCUCUCGCUACCCUCGAUUCAGCGCCAAAGCUUCCGCGGAUGAUCCUUUCGGAUUUUUCCCUUGGGACAACGAAAACGAUAUUCAAUGGGUCCCUGAGGAGCGAGUCACAUUGUUCACUGCUGAUGGGCUCAUUCAGAUUGGAGGCUCCUUGGUGCCUCGGCAUGUCCCUUCUUCAGAUAAAAAGCACAGGAGAUCAAGAACUCAAAAAUUUCAACGCUUUCAGGAGAGUGAUUAUUUGGAUCCAAAGCAGAAGGGCCUUUGUCUAGGUGCACUAUUUGAUAUUGCAGCAACAAAUGGACUUGACAUGGGCAGAAGGCUCUGUAUCUUUGGGUUUUGCCGUUCCAUUGAGAUGCUAAGUGACGUUGUAGAAGAUACUGUUUUGGAGCAUGGUGGGGAGGUCGUUGCUGCGGAGAAGGCGAGCAAGGGCGGUUUGCACGAAAAGCUCACAAUGACAGUUGCAGUGCCACUACUUUGGGGGGUUCCCCCUGCUUCGGAAACACUCCACCUUGCUGUUAGAAGUGGCGGAGGGAUUGUAGAGAAGAUUUAUUGGCAAUGGGACUUUCUGUAGAUGAAUUUAGCUUAAUUCUAACCAUCAUCGUGCAUUCUGUACAUAAAAUCCCCGUGUUCCCAUGUACAAAAAAAGGAAAAAAAAAAAAAAAAAGAACACCCAAAUACUGCAUCCAAUUAUGCAAGGAUACCAUUGUUCUUGAAAAUGAAAAUGCAAAUGCAAAAUUACUAUUUGUCCAUGUACAUUUCAUAAAUAUAUUAGCAUUGAAUUUA